GUUCCUCCAUCCUCAAAGACAAAUUCCAAACCCUCCUCCCCACCGUCCCGCUCCUCUGUUUUUCUCUUUUGAAAAUCAAACAAUUUUUUAUAGUAAACAUACCCCUCAUUCAUCAAUUAUUUCACCAAAUUAAUCUCACCCAAAACCAAAAAAAAAGUAAAAAAAACAAUCUUUUUAAUAUCAGUUCUUGAUUUUAUUUGAAUCAAGAAUUGAAUUUUAUGAAUGGAAUUUGAUAGCAUUGAAUGUGUAUCAAUAUCUGAUGGUAUAGAUGAAGAUGAGAUUCCACAACUUCAUCCACAUAAUAUUCGUUCUCACUUUAAGAAUUCAACCAAAAACAACAAUAAUAUUAUUUGUGAUGGGAAUAAUGGGGGCACUUCUAUUCAUCCUGCUACUAGCGUACAUGAACUUCUUGAAUGUCCUGUUUGUACCAAUUCCAUGUACCCUCCUAUCCAUCAGUGUCACAAUGGGCACACUAUCUGUUCAACAUGUAAAGCCAGGGUACACAACCGGUGUCCCACUUGUAGACAGGAGCUUGGCGAUAUCAGAUGUUUAGCACUGGAAAAGGUGGCUGAAUCACUCGAGCUCCCUUGCAAAUAUGGCUCUCUUGGAUGUCCUGAGAUAUUUCCUUAUUACAGUAAGCUGAAACAUGAGGCAGCCUGUAAUUUUAGACCAUACAACUGCCCGUAUGCUGGGUCAGAGUGUGCAGUUGUUGGUGAUAUUCCUUACUUGGUUGCUCAUUUGAGGGAUGAUCACAAGGUAGACAUGCACUCUGGAUGCACUUUUAACCAUCGCUAUGUCAAAUCUAAUCCUCGGGAAGUAGAAAAUGCAACGUGGAUGUUAACAGUUUUCAAUUGUUUUGGACAGUACUUCUGUCUCCACUUUGAAGCAUUUCAUCUUGGAAUGGCUCCCGUUUACAUGGCAUUCCUUCGGUUUAUGGGAGAUGAAACAGAUGCACGAAACUACAGCUACAGCCUGGAAGUUGGGGGAAAUGGAAGGAAACUUAUCUGGGAGGGUACGCCCCGAAGCAUAAGAGACAGUCACCGUAAAGUUAGGGAUAGCCAUGAUGGUCUCGUUAUACAACGUAACAUGGCCCUUUUCUUCUCUGGAGGGGACAGAAAGGAACUCAAGCUACGUGUGACUGGAAGAAUAUGGAAGGAACAACAGAAUCCAGACGAAGGAGCAUGCAUACCAAACCUCUGUAGUUAAAUGCUGCUUGCAUUUCAAACCUAUCAGUUUUUGUUAUUCUUGCUGUCCUAUGUGCUGAAUUUUUGGCUAAUGUCACUGUUCCGCUACUCCGUUGUUGGCUAAUGUCACUGUUCCGCUUCUCCGUUGUUGGCUAAUGUCAUAAGUAUAUUCAGAUGUUGAAGAUUCCUCAGAAGUGUACGAAAGCUAAGUUGUUAUCUAUCAAGUAAUAAGUUUCCUUGUCAA